GACUUGUUUAAGGUUCUAGAACACAGAGAUACUUUACCUACAGCUUCCUAGACAAUGGAUAUUGAAGAAUAAUGAUGUUAAAAGACAUAAAUCGUGAGUAACUACAACUACAUAAAAAAGUGACGCAGCACCGACGGAUGCAUUCCUAAAACGCAUGUGACUCCGUUGAUCCGAGAAACUGUUGGUCAUGGGGGAGCUGGAUUAUUCAAUCAGCACAUACGACUAUCUCCCACUUUUUCAAGAUUUCGAUUGUGAUAAUCUUACUUCAUGUAGCAAUGAAACUUUUGAAUAUUUUGGAUACACCGAAUCCGCGAUAAAUCCAGAGGGGGUAGUUAUUCCAGUGGUUUUCGGCAGUAUUCUCAUCCUAGGCCUUGUUGGAAAUGGACUGGUCAUAUAUGUGAUACUGAGAAACCGCCCAAUGAAGACUGUCACAAACCUGUACUUGGUAAACAUGGCAUUCGCUGACAUGUUAUUCCUUUGUCUCUGUUUGCCAUUCACGGCCUUACUUUACACGCUACCGAGUUGGCCGUUCGGCGAAGUGGUGUGUAAAAUGGUGAACUACAUGAUGAUGGUGACAAUGUCUACAAGUAUAUUUACUCUGAUGGCGGUGGGAAUCGACAGAUACUAUGCCAUUAUGAAACCCAUCCGUUCAAGAUCGUUCAGGAAUAUCGAGAACACGACUUGUCUGUUGGUACUGAUUUGGGUUCUGAGUCUCGUAGCCAUGUCCCCAAUACCAAAACUGUCGAGGUUGGUGAUGUUUUUACAAAACGGAGAGACACGAGCGUUCUGUGCUGAACACUGGGAGCACAUUUCACACAGGAGGGCGUUCUCUAUGAGCAUUUUUGUAAUCAUGUUCCUUCUACCCAUGCUCAUCAUUGCUAUCUGCUAUUUCAAAAUGGCGAAAAAUCUAUUGACGAGUGUCGGCCCUGGGGUGUCAAUAGAAUGCAAUAUCAGUGCGUUCAGAGUGCUUAGAUCUAGGAGGAAGAUUGCUAGGAUGGUCUUCGUUGUAGUUAUCCUCUUUGUCACGUGCUGGAUGCCUCUACAUGUUGUCCAUCUUUGGUUCGAUUUCGGAAAGGUUGACCACAUUACGUCCGAAUUUGAUAUCUUCAAAAUCGUUGCCCAUUGCAUGAGCUACCUUGGCAGUGUCGUUAAUCCUUUUGUGUACUGCUUCAUGUCUCAUAAUUUUCGCAAGUGUUUCAAACAGGCCUUCAAAUGCGGUAAGCUACCCAAUGGACAGAUCUUCGUAGUGACAGACCCCGAACGUGUCCAGCCACAUUCGAACGAUCUUACCCCGGAGAAUAGCAGUAGGAUGCCUUUAUUCACUGGAGGUGACCGGGAUGACGAGACAGAAAGCGUGUCUCCCGCCGAAUGCUCAACCGAACUGCCAGCGUUUAAGAAGCAAGAGGAGCAGACGAUGUUCCUCGCUCAACCGGAUCAAUUUAACGUGAUAAGUGUAAAUGAACAUAGAUUAUAAAACGCCGAUAAAUAACAGUAAACUGUUUCAACCAAUCUCCUUAAACUUAGAAAGAAGCAAAUUGAAUCGGGAGAAUUAUAGAAUAUUGAACACUAAGACAGUGUUCACUGAAUUAUUGCACAUUAAAUGGAGUCGAUCACUGAAUCACUGAUUGUUGCAACUCAUUGCAUCGAUUCACGGAAUUAUAAAACAGUUUGAUUGGCGAAAAUCUUUGAAUCACUGAACUUUGAUUGUAAUACCUAACAGAAUCAUUGAACAUUGAUUGUAGAAAUUUAUAAAAUUAUUAUACAUUUAUUGCUGUAAUUCAUAGAAUCAUUGUUUAAUGAUUGUAGCAACCAAAGAAAUAAUUGAAUAUUAAUUGUAGUUAUUCAUACAGUUAUUGUACAUUGAUUGUAGCAACUCAUGGAAUCAUUGAACAUUGAUUGUAGUUAUUCAUACAGCUAUUGAACAUUGAUUGUAGUUAUUCAUACAAUUAUUGAACAUUGAUUGUAGUUAUUCAUACAGUUAUUGAACAUUG